CUCUCCUCAGCGACCUCUCCUCACGCUACCUUCACUCUCCUUCACUCGCUUUCGCUUUCCUUCACUCGGGUUGGCGUCGCCGAAUCUCAGGAUCUCAGGAUCUCAGGAUCUCAGGAUCUCAGGCUUCUGUCGAAAGUUUUCUCGGGGAGAGGAGGGGAGCCCGGCCGGGAUGCCGCGACGAGAGACCGGCGCCGUGGAGGCGCGAAAAUACGGGUUACGCGCCAGGAAAGCGGUGGUGGUGGCCCCGAGUAUCGGCAGCGGCCUCUUGUCGCUGGAGGAGGAGAGCGACGUGGAGGCGGAGGAGGCCGCCACCGACGAGCGCUACCUGCAGAUCCUGAGCAGCGGCGCUGCCACCCCCACCUCCAGCCACGGGCCCAAGGAGGUGCCGAUGCUGUUGGGAACAUUCGCAUUUAAAACAUCCAGCAAAAAGAACAAGCUUGCUGAAGUCGCCACGGAACUGGCCAGGACACCCCGGAGCGGCACUUCCCUUCACCGGGCUCCUGCUGAGAAGCCCACUCCCACCCAGCGGUCACCAGCUCUUCACCGCAAGCCAAAGAAAGCCUCUCUACAUGGCGUAGCCUCAACGCCGUAUCGUUUGCGCAAGAGACUGAAAGAGGUUCAGUCAGACAGUGAGAGCGAGCUGUCCGAGUCUGUGUCGGAGGAGGAAGAUUCGCACAGCGAGGAGGAGACCGUGAAAGGCAGAGGAGGAGCGGAGGCCAACAGAACCCACAAGUUGACUCCAGCGAGGAAGAGAGGCAAACGAGGAGCUCGCAUCACUCAAGAAGUGGUGGAAGAUUACUUUGACGCCCACAAAACCUCGAAGGUCAUCACUUCUGACCGCACGUUGUCCAAGCUGCAGUCUCCACGCCUUGACCAGGAAACCCUCGGCCGCCUGCUCAGAGCUGUGCAGCUGCCGUUCCGCGAGGAGCGCAAGCAGCUGGAGCGGGAGUACCGAGGCCUCUUUGCAAAGUGGAUGACGCAGCUCAGACUGGGGUUCAAUGUGCUGCUGUAUGGACUGGGGUCCAAGCGCAAUCUGCUGGAGGAGUUCAGAUGUGCGCUCCUGCCCAACCGCUGCCAUGUGGUCAUCAACGGAUACUUCCCCUCCAUCACCAUCAAGAUGGUGUUGAAUUCAAUUAUAUCAGAAGUUCUAGAAGAUGGAAUCGGCAUUCGCAACCCUAUGGAGCAGCUGGCUCACAUCUGCUCCAGGUUCCGGCAGGAUAGCAGCUUGGAGCUCUACCUGGUGAUUCACAACAUCGACGGGGAGAUGUUGCGCGCCGAGCGGAGCCAGCGGGUCCUGGGCCAACUGGCCAGUCUGCCGAACGUGCACCUCAUCGCCAGCGUCGACCACAUCAACGGCCCUCUCAUCUGGGAGCAGAGCAAAGUUGGCUGGUUUAACUGGCUGUGGUGCGAGGUCACGACCUACGAGCCCUAUGCAGAGGAGACGUCGUACGAGAACUCGCUGCUCGUCCAACAGUCGGACUCGCUUGCGCUCAGCUCUCUCACCCACGUACUGCGCAGCUUGACGCCCAAUGCCAGGGGAAUAUUCCAGCUGCUUGUGGAGCAUGAGAUCGACAAUAAAAACAACCCCUCCAACCCAGGUUUGUCGUUCCAGGACUUCUACGAGCGCUGCCGAGUGGCGUUCCUGGUGAACAGCGACCUCACCCUGAGAGCGCAACUCACCGAGUUCCGCGACCAUAAACUCAUCCGCACCAAGAAGGGCGCUGAUGGAGUGGAGUACCUGAGCAUUCCCAUCGACGCUUCGACGCUCGGCAGCUUCAUGGAAAACCAAGACCUGGAUUCGUGAACAGAGCGGUAGGAAUAGUUGGGCCCAUGCUCUGGAUUGGACGUGGAUAUAACUCGGGACGGAGCGUUGUACCCCUUGCAUUGAUCAUCACAAGAGGCUUAAGUGGCGACUACAUCUAUGCGGCAAAAUCUAACACUUGAGUCAAAUCAGGAGGAGGCUGCUUAUGCAAUGUCUAACAAUCAUGACGUAGACAGUUCUACCUCACACAGCUGUCCCUCAACAAGAAAAUAAAUAAAGUGUUUUUUUUACACAUUCCAUCAGCCACACAGUCUUGCUUUCUGUGAGUGUAUAAUUUCAGCAGCUCCUUUAUUUCAACACAAACAAAACUCUGGACCCGUUUCAACUUUCAGCGUCUUAUCAUCCGUCAGCCCCACGUGAAUUAAUGCUGGCGAGUUGCCAGACGUUUAUAGGUAAGAGGACCUUCUCUGUGAGAUAUGAGUUCUUGUUCGACACGAAACCCCGUAGUUUUGUGUUACACAAUGUAUUGUGCCUUUUGACAAGGGACUAUCGUUUUUCAUGGGAAAAGAAUGGAUAAUAUGCUGUAACAUGAUCACAUAUGUAUGUUCAUAGCUUCAAAAAGUCAGUCACCUCCACUUGUUCGCCAUCAUUGUCAACGGACGCCUGGAAUCUUCUCCAGGUGGUCUCCAGAGCCCCGGAGGCACAUUUCUUGUGGUGUUGUUGCAAUUUCUCGGAAGUGUUAACAUUUUUUUGAAGCACCCUGUUUACACACGAGUCUUUAGGGUUUUCAGGAAACAUUCACAAUAUAAGAAUCGUAAAUGAAAAGUGUGUUUAUCAUGAGUCCAGGAAUCGGUUUAAUGUCAACACACGUGUCUGUGUCAGCUGCUGGGUCUGUAACAUUACCUUCAGUGACGUCACUGAUAUGACCCAUCACAAAACUCACAUUCAUCAAUAACAUGCUCGUCUCGUCAUCAAAAAUGUACGUACAUAUUCGGCGACGUUUCAGGCAAUAGCCCUUCAUAGCACAUAGGUCAUUGUUCAGCCGAUUAUAUCUGUUUCCUCAUAAAGCCACUCGUUGAUGAAGGUGUUGAGUUGUAUUUGUGCUUGGUUUGCCAUUGUCAGUGCAGUGUUAUCAAUUGUUUGCUCUCAAAGUGGGCUUCUACGUUAUUUGUAAAUGAUAUUUGGUAAAUAGUCACAUGGCUAUUUUGCCUGAAAAUAAAUGCAUAUGCCAAUCA